AGUGGAAAUAUUAUUAUUCGCGGGCGAUAGAGUGGCGGUGUGUUGGGUUUAGGGUUUAGGGGGAUUGCAAUGGGGUCGAGACCAGAGUUAGUGGCACCACCGGAGAUAUUCUACGACGAUACCGAAGCACGCAAGUACACCUCUUCUUCCCGUAUUAUUGAAAUUCAGGCUUCACUUUCAGAACGAGCACUUGAGCUACUCGCUUUACCUGAAGAUGAUGUUCCUAAAUUACUCCUCGACAUUGGUUGUGGAUCGGGACUCAGCGGUGAAACAAUCUCAGAGAAUGGCCACCAUUGGAUUGGUCUCGAUAUUUCACCCUCAAUGCUUAACAUUGCAUUGGAGCGAGAGGUUGAGGGUGACCUUUUACUCAGUGACAUGGGUCAGGGUUUAGGGCUUCGUCCUGGAGUUAUUGAUGGGGCCAUCAGUAUAUCUGCUGUUCAGUGGUUAUGUAAUGCUGAUAGAUCGUCUCACAACCCUCGGUUAAGAUUGAAGGCUUUCUUUACAUCUUUAUACAAAUGUUUGUCCAGUGGUGCUAAAGCAGUAUUUCAACUGUAUCCUCAAAAUGUAGCCCAACGUGAAUUAAUUUUGAAUGCUGCAAUGAAUGCUGGAUUUGGUGGUGGCAUAGUGGUGGAUUUUCCACACAGUUCUAAGAAGAGAAAAGAGUUUCUUGUUCUCGCAUGUGGCCAACAAUCAAUGAAUUCAUCCUUGACCAUAGGUAAAACUGAAGACGAGAAAGGGUUCUCUGAUCAUGAUGAUGAAGAUGAAGAUGAAGAAAACCACACAGUAUGUUUCUCAGACAGGCAUAGAAGACCCUUUAAGAAACAGAAAAAUAAUAAAAAUGGUAAGGGAAGGGAAUGGAUACUGAGGAAGAAAGAGCAGAUGAGAAGAAGAGGAAAUGAUGUUCCUCUAGAUACCAAGUACACAGGUCGGAAAAGGAAGGGUCGAUUUUGAUAUUUUUUGGCAUCUGCCCCAAAGUGCUACAUAUUUAUUCUGCAUGUUUGUAUCCUGAAUUAUUUUGUACUUUUUUAAUAGAGAUAAUAAAAUCUCUCAUUUUUGUCCUGAAUUA